AUGACCUCGAAACGCAGCUACGAAGCCUCCGAGGGCAACGACGGCGCGCAGCAGCCCGCAUCCAAACGCAACAAGAACAACAAGGCGCGCGACCACCAAAACGCUCACAUCGACCCGACGUGGGGACAGAAAUACGUCUUCUCGUCCGCCGCUGGCUCGACGACGGUGCCUGUGGACCCGGAGUUGGAUUUUGAGGAUGACGGAGAUGCCAUGGCGUAUCUCAAGUCGGUUAGGACACAAGCAAACGGUAUACCGCACCUCCUCGUCGCGCCGAAGGUUCCGAUCGGCCCGCAACUACCCAAAGAACUCCAGUACGAUGACGGUGACGGGGAUGAUGCGUACGAAGAGGAGGAGCGCGAUCGCGACAUCUACACCACAGGCGAGGGCGACUUCAGGGGAUAUUACGCCGACGGCGCCUACACAGCAAGACCAGACAACUGGGGCAAACCUUCCACAGCCGGCCAUGACGACGAGGUAGAAGAAGGCGAGUGGCCCGGCAACCAAGGCGUUGACGACGCCGAAGAUCAUUACUCAGACGCCGGCGCCGACUCCGAUUCCGCCAUCCGCGAAGCCUACUUCGCCGCCAUCCUCACCCGCUUCAAACGCCUCCGCAAACUCCUCCACGCCACACCGCCCCCCUCCGCCGUCGCCGCCCUCCACCCGGGAUCCCCCCACGACUUCCGCGUCGGCGCCUUCGCGCCCAAAUCGGCAACCUACACAACCUGGUCCAACCGCCUCCGCGACGCGGACCCUCUCCCGGCACAACUCGCCUCCAUGGACAAAGAAGGCGUCCUGCGCGUGCUCCGCGUCUUGUUGGGUGGCGGCGCGUUCCUCCGGCGCGGGAGCGAGAUGAGGGAGCGCACGAGCCGGUGGCUGUGGGCGCUGCUUGCGCGGCUACCGGAGCGCGGGGAGAUGAAUCACGUCGAGGUCGGGUGGGUGAGGGAUCUGGGGAGGCGGGCGGUGCUGAUGAUGCAGAGUCUGGCGGAUAUGGCGGCCUUGCGGGACGCGUUGGAGGGAGAGGGGAUGGAUUUGGGGGUGAAUGAUGCUGUUGAUGAGAGUUCCGAUGAUGAGGAUGCGUUGAGGGAGAUGGAGGUUGAUGAGAGGGAUGGGGAGGGGAGUGGAGAGACGUCUGGGGCGGAAACGUCGGGUGAAAAGGUUGAUGGCCAGGUUGAGGGAUCGAAGGACCCUGUCGGCGACGGCGAGGUCGAGGACGGAGAAAUCGACGACGACCAAAAGUCAGAGCCCAUGGACGUCUCCGAAGACGGCGAGAUAGACGAAGGCGAGGUCGUGGAAGAAGAGCCGGCACCGGCCGAAACGCUCGAGGAAGCACGCGCUCGACUCCUCGCCCAGAUAGACACUGCGGCGGCCGUCGAGGAUGCGCCGUCAGAGGCACCGUCAGAGGAACCUAUCGCGGAGGAGGCUGUCCAAAACGACGACGACGACGAGGUAUCCGACCAGCUGCGGGCGCGGAUGAACAUGCGGGCUACGCUCAACAUGAUUCUGACCGUUGCCGGUGAGUUUUACGGGCAGCGCGAUUUGCUCGAGUUUCGGGAUCCUUUUACAGGUAUGUGA